AGCUCUGUUUGCCUUUCAUAUUGGAGGAAAUUCUUGCCACACCUCAAACCAAAAUUAAGAGUAAAAGAAAGAAGUCAGCCACAUAAAUCUGACCGAGAACACAAACAUGUUAAUUUAAAUCCACAAAGCUUUGUAUAAUGAAAAGAAAGAUAUAAUUUUAACUCAACCCAAGUGUUUUCCAAGCAGAUUGUAUUUGCUUAAAUUGCUACAGUAACUCAAGGAACAGCCCUGUCUGCAUACAGAGUUACUGUGGAUUUUUAAGAGACUCAGUUAAAGAAUUUAGGAAUUUCUGAAUCAUUUAAAGGAUUUGCAAAUUCAUCAACCCCUGAAAACUAACGCAAACUCAACAGGACAAAAAAGAACAUGGGCUUUUUAAGUCCAGUGUAUGUGUUUCUAUUCUCUUUUGGUGUCAGAGUAUAUAGCCAAUACGAAACUUAUCAAUGGGAUGAAGAUUAUGACCAAGACCCAAGUGAGGAGUACCAACCAGAAUUCCCGUUUCAUCAAAAUAUAGAAUACGGAGCUCCUUUCCGUCAGUAUACUUUAGGCUGUGCCAGGGAAUGCUCCUGUCCAUCUAACUUUCCAGCAUCAAUGUACUGUGUCAACCGUAAGCUCAAGACUAUCCCAAAUAUUCCUGCGCACAUUCAGCAACUCUACCUUCAGUUCAAUGAGAUUGAAGCUGUGACUGCAAAUCCAUUUAUCAAUGCCACUCAUCUUAAAGAAAUUAACCUCAGCCACAACAAAAUUAAAUCUCAAAAAAUAGAUUAUGGUGUGUUUGCCAAGUUUCCAAACCUACUACAACUUCACUUAGAACACAACAAUCUAGAAGAAUUUCCAUCACCUCUUCCUAAAUCUCUGGAAAGACUCUUCCUUGGUUACAAUAACAUCUCCGUGCUGCAGACAGAUGCCAUGGAUGGGCUAGUCAACUUAACCAUGCUUGAUCUCUGUUACAAUCAUCUUCACGAUUCUGUGUUAAAAGAAAAAAUUCUUGCCAAAAUGGAAAAAUUAAUGCAGCUCAACCUAUGCCAUAACAAAUUAGAAUCAAUGCCUCCUGGUUUGCCUUCUUCACUUAUGUAUCUAUCUUUAGAAAAUAACUCAAUUUCUUCUAUACCGGAAAAUUACUUUAAGAAACUUCCAAAACUUCAUGCUCUAAGAAUUUCACACAACAAACUGCAAGACAUCCCAUAUAACAUUUUUAAUCUCUCCAACCUUGUAGAGCUCAACGUUGGACAUAAUAAAUUGAAGCAAUCAUUCUACAUUCCAAGAAAUUUGGAACACUUAUACCUAGAAAAUAAUGAAAUAGAAAAUAUCAAUGUAACAGUGAUGUGUCCUUCCAUUGACCCACUACAUAACCACCAUUUAACAUAUCUUCGUGUAGAUCAAAAUAAGCUCAAAGAACCAAUAAACUCAUACAUCUUCUUCUGCUUCCCUUACAUACACAGUAUUUAUUAUGGUGAGCAAAGAAGCACUAAUGGUCAAACAAUACACUUGAAAACCCAAGUUUUCAGGCGAUUUCAAGAUGACGAUAGUGAUGAGCAUGAUGAAAGUGAUGGUGCACAAGACAGCCACGAGCACGGAGCAGAAGAGCAUUUUGACCCUCAUUACUAUGACAGUCAAGAAUGGCAAGAAACUGUAUAGAUAUAUACUAAUGACUUCACAAAACCUCAGUAUUGAAAAAUCUAAGCAUGUAUUGCUCAAAGAAAUAUAUCUAGUAUUUCAUGUUAGUAUGUGAUCAGAAUUACAAUUAAGUUGUUUGUGACAUUUAUAUAAUUAUAUAGGAUUAGAACUUACUCAAAGCAACACAAAUUUUUAGAAAUAAAAAUUAGAACAGCCGUAAGCUCAAGACUAUCCCAAAUCUUCCUGUGCACAUUCAGCAACUCUAUCUUCAGUUCAAUGAAAUUCAGCUGUGACUGCAAAUUGACUCAUCAACACCUCUCAUCAAAAUCAAAAACUAAGCUUUAAAGGCUUCUUACUCUCCUUAAAAAUGGAAAUAUGUUGAGAAAUUCAGUGAGUUUGCCAUUUCUAUCAGUACUUUUAUUAUUAAUCUAUUAGUAAUUAGUGAUUUUUAUUAAUAAAUUUUCUAGGACUGAGGAGGGAAGUAACAUUGGCAGAGAAGACCUGAAAGCAUUGUCCUUUUAAUGACUAGAGGACAAUGUUUGAAUUACAGAAGAGCAAAUUAAUGUUGAACAGUCAUUCAUUCAAGCAAUAGAUUUUUUUUAACCUCAUAUCAAGAAAAGCUUUCACACUUGUAUUUGUGACCUUUUCACUAUGGCAUCCACCCCCUAGGCUUACCUCUUAGAGCACAAAAUUACAGUUUUUGAUUUUCAAGAGGCAUCUGUAAUUAUAAUAUUCAUAUUUUGAUUUUCAUCAAUAGUUUCUGGCUCAUAAUUCCUUCUCCAAGGCAGGCCAUAGAAAUCAGAAUUUAUCUUCCUCAUAGCAGGUCACAAAAACUCUCCCUGCUCCUUUCUGUCUUAGAGCUGGACAAAAGAAAUUUUCUGAUCUACUUUUGGCUGCAGUAAGUCACAAGAUAAUCCUCAUUCCAGGGAUGUCCUGCCUCAUAGCCUGCAGGGUAGAAGGCCGCACAGAGAGGAAAGAAAGAAUCUGAUCAGAUAGGCUUUGCAGGGGUUUCCCACCUAGUCUACUAGCAAUCAUGUCUGUGAAAUCAAAUGUUGGUAAAAACACAAAAGGACAGGGUCUGCAGAGCUCCUGGAUAAAUGAAUACAUGAAGGUUCCUGGAAGGUGCUGCCUGGAGGUGGAAUGGAAGUCCUGCACAGCUUCCCCUAUACUGUGCACUAUGCAUGUCUUUAUCUGUAUCCUUUGUAAUAAACCAAAUGAAUACAAGUAA